CCUCCGCUGGACUCUCUCUAAUUUGUCCACAUCCUUUCUGUAGUGGGGAGCCCAAAACUGGACGCAAUACUCCAGAUGUGGCCUCACCAGGUAAGGCCCUGCAUCUAUCCAUCCAUCUGUAAUACACUCUCUAUUUGGCUAUAGCUCUGUGCCCUUCUCCCUGUAAUUCGCUCACUCUCUCUCCAUCCCUCACAUGCUGUUUUCCUUCUGCACUCCUGUCACCUCCAGCUCUACCCGAGCACCGAUCUCUGCCCUGACAAUGGAAACCCCUUGAUGGUUCUGCCUCUCAGACCUAGCUCCCAGCUGCCCCUGGGACCGCUGAUCUCCACUGAUCUCCUCCUCUGGGAUCCACUGGGGGAUCAUUUUGGGGCAGUGGGAGGGGGCUGGGACCCACGGAGCGAUAAGGACACCAUCACCAAUGGGGUGCCCCAGCCCUACGGCCAGCGGCUGCAUCAGUGAGGCCGGGGGCCCUGGGGAUGCAGAAAUGAGCCCGUCCUGCUGCUGAACGCAACAGCCCUGGUCAGUUUCGCUUUCACACUCACCUGCCCACAGGCCCAGUGACCUCCUGGCUGCCUGGUAUCUGAGCAGGCGCCUCCCCCUCGCCAGCCACAAGAGUUUCCAUCAAGCGCCCGGGCUGCUCGCUCCGGAGCAGCCGUUACAUGCCGUCCCUGGGUCCCGUCUGCUCAACAGUCCUGGUCUGUGACUCCUGGGGCGACUCCCAGCCCGUGGAGAGCAUGGGGCGGCUGCCAGCCCCUAGCAUCAUCUGCUUUAUCGACUUCAUCAUCCCCUCCAUAGCAGCUGGUCUCGGGGUUCAGCAGCUGCCCCCCACGGCGAGCGUCCCAGCCGGGGGCAGCGUCACCCUGAGCUGCACCUUCCACAGCCGCAACCAGACCGGGACACAAGUCACCUGGGCCAGGGGCUCCCGGGAGGCCGUCGUGCUGGAUCCCGCCCACCCCUUCUACCAGAGGCGGCUGGCCCAGAGCCAGCGGGACCAGCAGGGCCGGGCGGAGGCCACGGUGACCCUGUCGGAGCUGAUGGAGAGGGACUCGGGUCUCUACCACUGCUACAUCACCUACCCGCAGGGCGAGCAGGCGAAGGGCACCGGGACCACCCUGACUGUGAUGGGCAGAGCUGUUGCAGAAAUUCCAGCCGGCUGCAAGAGAGCGCUGGUCCCAAAUCUCGACGCGUCCGGCCAGAAACCGGCUGGUCUGAGAGUUUCUCAGGAGCCCAGGUCCCUCCACGCCACAGCCGGGGAGAACGUGACCCUGAGCUGCACCUUCCAGAACAGAAACGGCAGCAGAGCCAAGAUAAUUUGGCUCAGGGGAUCCGCAGAGGAUCUGGAGCUGGAUUCUAACCACCCCUUCUACCGGGGGCGGCUCCGUGUGUCCAGGAUGGACGAGCACAGACAGGGGAAGGCGACGCUGACCCUGGCUGAGCUGCAGGAGCGGGACUCUGGCCUCUAUCAGUGCUGCAUCGAACUCGACCGUGGGGAGACAGGGAUGGGAGGAGGCACCGAGCUGAGAGUGAUGGGGAGACACCAGAGUGCGACUGGGGCUCCAGGGGGACGUGAGCUCUGUCGGGACUCGGGGACCCUCUUUUACCGAGCCGUCAUCUCCCUGUCGCUCGUCGUUCUCUUCUCCCUGGGAAUCAUCCUCAGCCUGUGGCCUUGGAACGGUACCGGCUCCACACGGGUUCUGCCUUCACUUCCUGUCCCAAAUGGUUACAUGGCAUCAUUACGUGUGCUGGUAACCAGCCCCUGCCCCACCCCAGAGCCAGCUGCUUCUCAGCACUAUGCGAGUGAUCCCCAUGUAACCAGCCCCUACCCCACCCCAGAGCCAGCUGCUUCUCAGCACUAUGCGAGUGAUGCCCAUGUAACCAGCCCCUGCCCCACCCCAGGGCCAGCUGCUUCUCAGCACCGGGCAAGGGGUCCCUGCGUCUCAGUGGAUCCCGCGGUGGGUGCUGGCUCCAAGCCGCGCCCGGCACCGGGGCAGGUGUCUCUGAUUUAG